CUCUUCAUGCUCCAUAAAACUGCUCCAGGACACUUUGGGCUGGAGACUUUACAAACACAGCAAGUGGAUAGUGAUCUCUAAGUGUGUGUUUGGUUUUGUUUUAAACUUUUUUAAAUUCCUUACUAGAGAAUUUAAUUAUCUUUUAAGGAGUCUUGAAACUCUUUUUUUUUUUUUGUAACUUUUUUUUACUUUAUUGAACCCAUUGAGAAGAUGGCAGAAGGUGAUUUCUACCCCCUGGGCAGCAGGCAGCGGAUGGCGCGUGACCCGUUCUCCACGCACUUCAUGGAUCCGGACUUCUCCGUGCCCAUGUCCUCGUUCCCGGAGGAUCUGUCCAUGGACUGGCCUGGCUGGGCGCGUCCCCGCCUCAGCGCGCGCCUCGCCACACCGUGGACAGGCUCAAUGCGCUCCUCGUUCCCGCGUACCUCCAUGAGCGCGCAGCCCGCGCGAGGCGCGCCGCCGACGGACUCGGACGAGCCGUGGAAGGUGUGUGUGAACGUGCACAGCUACACACCGGAAGAGCUCAGUGUCAAAACCAAGGACGGGUUCGUGGAAGUUUCCGGGAAACACGAAGAGAAACAGGACGAAGGAGGAAUCGUAACGAAGAACUUCACGAAGAAAAUUCAGAUCCCAGUGGACGUGGACCCGCUCACGGUGUUUGCAUCUCUUUCUCCUGAAGGAGUGCUGAUCAUCGAGGCGAGGCAGACGCCUCCAUAUUACCUGUACAGUAACGAGGCUCCGGCUGAGCCCAUGGAGGAACAAACCAAACCACAGGAACCUUGCAUGGCUUAAAGCUCCUCCGAGUCGGUGGUGUGUGUGGGCGAGAUGUGAUUUUGUACUCAAAUCUUACCGCAAUUUCCAACUUGAAACGUUGUUUAAUGUAAAUGAAUCGCUAAAACUUUGUGAAAACCUAGCGUUUGUUGCUAAGACCAGAUAAGGAUCACCAAAAAGUUAUGCUAAUCUCUGGUAUAAGGGGUAAAAAAAGACAUUAGAGUAGUGUUUUUUGGGAUAAAUGAUGACGUAGCGAGGGUGGGGUGCAGAUAAAUGACAUUGCGUUGCUCUCCCUGGUUGCUAAGUUACCUAGCUAACAGUACCCUCUGUGAUUUUAUGGUAGCUUUAAUCACAUGGCUAAGUUACAGUAGCGUUAUCAGUUAACAAAUUAUACAACCACAUUUUAUCAGAUAUUUUUAAUUGAUUGAUUUAUUUUAUUUGUAUUUAUUUGGAAAACACAAAAGGUUAGAGAUCUUUAAAAUAUGAUGCUAAUCUGAGGUCAAAGGGGUUGAAGAUAUCGUUUAGAAGAAUUAUACAAAGUGA